AUGGCGCCACCGGAGAGCGGAUCCUGCUUCGAAGGCCUGCAGCGGUUCAUGCAACACUGCGAACAGCUUCAGAAGGACCUUACCGACCGCCAUCAGCGCGAGGAAGCCGACGAUGACGCUCAACAUAAGCAAACCAUAGACGAUGUCGUCGCCUACCACAAUGCUCUAUACGAGAAAAAGGUUGCCGAUCGCACGAAAAGGCACCAGCAAGAGUCCGCAGACCUCCUGGUACAGCUGCAGCAAGCUGAGCAUGACCGUCAAAAUGCAUCCGUCCGUGGUGCCGCUACAUCCGCCGUGCUUCCAAGACUCCCACCUCAGCCGCGCACACUGCCCACCGAGAUGGGCGCUCGUCCCAACGGUCUCGAGGGCAGGCCCCACAGCGGAGCGCCAUCGCGCAACGCACAGGAGAGCGAACCGCGGCCUGGUGGUCAGACCCUGCUAGAUUCGAAUAUCGUGCCGGACAUCACGUGUGACACCUCAGAUCUGCCACGUCUCAAGCGCAAGCUCAAGGCGAGAUACCGCAAUUUGCACGAAGAUGACGAUGAAGGCCAGCUCUUCGCACUUUGCUGUCACAUCUGCGGCGCAAACACAAACCAGGAGGCUGUGAAGUACCAAAUGGCGGAAUAUGCGAACAUGGACAAGUACAAGCUUCGGUCCCACAUCGCUGGCGCUCACAAGAUAUGUGGCAAAGGGGUCGAAUGGGUCAUCGAGAAGUGCAAGGGUGAUCCUAUCUCAAACCAUGACCUCGUCCGGAUCUGGCGCGGAGAGCCUACAAGCAUCGAUCAUCGCGUGGCCGUGAGUAUCGGCAACGCGAACGUGAGGCCUGUUGGAGGUGCGGGUGCAGGCCAGCAGGGGAGUUCGAACACCUCGUUCAGCACGUUCAGUCUUGCACCUCAGCAGAACACGUGUCGCCCGCCAGUCCGCACGGCUGCGGCAGAUGCUUUCUCGCGUACCCGAUCCGCACACGACAUCAGCAGCGAACGUCUCCCGUUCCGCAAAGAGGCCGAUUUGGACUUCGCCAAUCGCAUCUCGGAUGUGCUUCAGGCUCCUGGUUUCGCCACAACAUCGUCCUCGAACUCUGCUGCCUCAGAUGCCAACCUACAGUAUCCAAACAAGCACUCUCAAGCACCAACUUCAACCAGCAUCCAAGCCAUCUUCGAGCGUCUGGAGAACGAUUACGGCAACUUGUGGCAGGAUUCUGAUGGCAAGAUGUACGCUAUAUGCUGCAUACUGUGCGGUUGCAACGCCAGCGCUAAAAAGGAUGUUGUGGCGCCCUCUUUCAACUACCAGAACUUUUGGAACCACUUCACCAAGGCUCAUUUCGCGGAGUCGCGCUUCCUGAACGCAGAUUCAGCGGUGCAGCAAUGCAAAGGGCCGCCAAUCUCCGAUGAAGACAUAAUGCGGAUCUAUCGUAAGGAACCGUCGGGUGUGGACGAUCGCAUUGCAUUGGAGAAGACUACAAAGAAGAGAGGUGCUCACAGGGAUAGUGGAGAAGGGCUCGGCAACCCCAACUCCUAUGCGCCAUGGAACUUUGGCACUGUCCAGUCCGGUUCACGCCAGGCAACGCCCCGCGGUCUGGGCGGGAUGGCAGGCCUGUCAGCUCGGCAUGCUUCACCAGAAGACGACGAUGUGUUCGACCGUCCGUCGAAGCGUCUGCGGACCUCUCUCCGUGCUCCCGGCAUAACGAACCAAGAGGCCGCAGACUCUGCCACAGACGAUUCCAUCAAUGGGAUACAUGAAGGGGUCACAGUCAAGCUCCGUGAGACAACGGUCGAGGAUGGAGACGACGAAGAGUGGAAGCCAGGGCAGUGA